UUUACAGCGGUCUGCCCAGCUCUUCUGGUAUUAUUUUGCUUCGUUGGAUAGCAACAGUUUGACAGUAUUUCAGUAAACGUUCUCCUGUUGUGUCUUUUAAGGAUACCAGUUAACAUGGCAGAUCCGAGAAUACGACAGAUUAAAAUCAAGACCGGUGUUGUUAAGCGACUGAUUAAGGAGAAGGUUAUGUAUGUCAAGGAGACAAAGCAGCAGGAAGAGAAGAUUGAACGACUGAAAGCAGAGGCAUUCAACGAGGAGGCUGACUCAGAGGCCAAGUAUGUCAUCAAGAAACAGUUGGAGGUGCUACAGGAGUCCAAGAUGAUGAUUCCAGACUGCCAGAGGCGUUUGACCAUUGCACACGCAGACCUGUCCCAGAUACUAGAAACAGAAGAGGACUUGGCUGAAGCAGAAGAGUACAAAGAAGCCAGGACCGUAUUAGAUUCAGUGAAGCUUGAAGGAUGAUGUUCUCACUCUGUAAUGCACUACUUAAAUGUCCAUUCCAUUCGUCUGGGCUUGUUUGGAAACACAGAUAAACAGAAUCAUUCUGCACCUUCUUCCCCUUCUCUUUCUCUUGCUUGCUUUUUUUAUUUCUACAUUUGAGAACAACAUGCUGUCUGAUCUUGACAUCCUUCUCCAGAGUGUACAAUCUCACACAAGCAUCAAAUAAAUAGUUACUUUUCUUACCA